UAGAAAAUUUGUAGAUAGACGUUUUGCAAAACAAUAUUUUUUAUUAUAAAAUGUAAUUUGUUUAAAUUCUUUUAUUAAUAUUUUUAAUACCAUUCAUACUAUCAUACUUUUGUAGACGAGAUCAGUUUUUUUAUAAGGAAUAUUGGAUCAAGUAUCUUUUAUAAACAGCCACGCGUGCCAGCGCGAAACAUAUCUCUACAUUCACUGUUUCCAAUCUUUUCUCUGACGUUCGUAACGCGUCACGAGGACGCAAAGGGAUAUCACAAACGUAUAUAUUACUGCCGCACGGAGACAUUCUACGGAGGCUAUUAUAAAUUCACUAUAGAUGUCAAAGCACACAUUUCUUGUACAUCUAUACAUAUCUACCUACCUAUAUCUACUUAUCUAUCCGCAAUUGACAUGAGAAACAUGUACAAGGUGUUCCAUUUUGAAUGCACGUAAAUAUCUUCGAAACAAUUGAUGAUGUCGAAAAAUAUUUCAGACAAAAUUGAUUCUAGAGGGGGACAUAAUUUGAUGUCAAUUUCUUGAUUCCUGAUUGAAAGAUCUUUUUUUUAACUUUAAAAAGGUACAUAUAUUAUUAAUACGCGCAUUCAAUUAAGGUAUUCAAAAAUAUACAGUCCCAUAUAAGUGAAAAUCAUAAAUAAGAUUUGAUUUUUGCUCCUAAAGAAAAAUCUUUGACAUCAGAUUAUGUCCUCGAAAUCAUUCAAUUUUUAUUUAAACAUUGUUGCAUUAUCAUCAAUAUAUAAGUAAAAAUAUAUUCCCGUGUACUAUUUGAAAUGGGACAUCCUGUAUACAAGUAUCUCUCUACACCCACUCUCUCUCUCUCUUUCUGUCCUCCCUCUCUGCCCUCCUCCAUACACUGCUGGUAAUGCGUCACAGCGACGCCCGCGUCGCGUCGCGUCGCCUCGCGUCGCCUCGCGCGUGCUCCCUUCAACCCCCAGAGAAGUCGCAGCCAUUGUCAGAAGGUCGGUCGGUCAGCUCGAUUCCUCGCGAAACGCGCCUCCGUUGUGCGCGUAACACACCCUUUCGUCACGCGAGUACCUUGAGCGAAGAGCGAAUAACCGAGCGAGCGGGAUAGACUGACAGAUAGACGAAGGUGAAGGAGAAGAAAGAAGGGAAAAGCGCGAAAUGUGAGAGACCAAUUGUUCGUUGACGCGAUGAAACGCAAACAUCCGCUCGACGCUGAUUCCGCGCGAGCAGCACCAGCAUCAGUCCUAGUAUCAGCCAACAUCGUCGUCAGCUCCGCCUCCGCUUCUGUUGCCGCCGUCGCUGCCGUUGCUGCUACCGCGUUGCUGCAACCUCUUGCCGUCACGACCACGAGCAUGAAGAUUCCGCCUCUCUCAUGACCCAGCAUCGUGUGAGCGCACAUGUGGACGAGGAUAAAUCACCUUAGCGAGAGGGAUGUCUGAGAGCGACGGAGAGCAUGCAGCUCGCUCGGUGGCCUUAGAGCAAGCCUACGUUCACGAAGUAUACGAGCAAUGUGCCGAGAAGACCACGCAGAGUAAACACUGGCCACGAGUAUAUCAGUUUCUUCAGGAACUUGAACCGGGUGCUCUCGUCUGCGACAUCGGUUGCGGCAACGGCAAAUAUCUCAGCGUAAAUCAUAGCAUCUUUAAGAUAGGUGUGGACCGAUGCAAGCGCUUCACGAACAUCGCGCGCGAGAAGGAAAACGAGGUUCUGAUCUGCGAUAAUUUGGCUCUACCAUUUCGAGAAGAGAGCUUUGAUGCGGUGCUGUCAAUCGCCGUGGUGCAUCACUUUGCCACCACGGAGAGGAGAGUACACGCGUUGAAGGAGUUGGCGCGGAUUCUCAGGAUCGGAGGUCGACUCGUUAUAUCCGUUUGGGCUAUGGAACAAAAGCAUAGAAAGUUUGAAUCGCAAGAUGUUUUAAUACCUUGGCCCAAAUCAUAUUGUAUGAGCGCAGCAUCAGAUGAAACAAAGCACUCGGGCGUAUCAGACGGUAACGAGAAGCGAGAUGACAUCACUCAGAAAUAUCCAUCAUCCUCUAAAAGAGAUAGCCAACAAAAAUGUAAAAGCAAGAGUUAUUGGAUCGAUCCGAUAUUCAGUUUGUCACCAUCCACUAGCAGUCUCUCUAGCCCAAAUGAAACUUGCUAUAGCUGUUUUCGGCGAGCGUUACAGAAAUUAGCGAGAAGUAGACGCGGAGGCGGCAGUCGUGCAUGGUUUUCCGGAAGCUGGCAAAGCGGUACUAAGAAUCGACGGCACUGCGAUCCUGAUGAGAUGACCGAUGUAGACGAACUGCCAAUUGAACUGCGUCGUGUGGAAACUACGCAUACGUUAACGAUGAUGAACAAGCGCUCCACGGAUACGUUGAACAUAAAGUCCAAGAGUCUAGGUGACAUCUUAGAGAUCGAACGACUCGAUCUGGUGCGCUCCCGAUCUAGUAUUCCGGGUUUUUGCUCCACGUCGGAGCUGAUUCUAGAUGAACGAUCGGUUUCAUCAUCGUCGAGCGGUUCGAAACCGCGAUUAGUGAAACAGAAAUUGUGUGUGGAGGAGACCGGUUUGGAGAAUCCCGAAGACACUGCCAUUGAAAAUCUAAUCAAGGACCUUCCGGACUUCUCCUGCCAACCGAUGCGUAAACGUAAUGUACCAUUGAAGCAGAACUCGAUGAACGAGGAACUAAUGUCAGCGGAACGAUUGGAGGAGAAAGAGCGAGUACGCCGAAACAUCAUGAAACAGGCGUCACUAAAUGAGGAACUAAUCUGUAAAUGGCGAACGUUUGAGGCGUUCAAGGAAUCGAUUAGUCCAGUGAGUGCCAGUCGGCGCUUCCAAUUGCUGAAGAACGGACUCACCAGCAAGAUCAAACGUUCCACCACGAACAUCGAAAAAGUCUCCAGUAUAUCCAUCAAAAACGGUUUCGUCCGGAUGCUACAAGGUUGGAAAUCCUGCGAGAAUGAAUCGGUGUCUACCGCGACAGCGGAAGUAAUGACAAAGCCCAAACCGGCGGACAAUAAGGUACAAUCAGUUGCAUUGAUGAAACGUAGUAUUGAGGUCGUUGAACGUCGUCUUUCACGCGAGGACGGUUCGGAUUCAUCCAAAGACAGCAGUUUGCAGAGUGACACUAGCGUCGACUCCGAGGAUAGUUUUGCAUCAGUGAUUUUUAUUCCGAAGCAAGAUAUUCCUAUCCCGGCACCCCCAGCAUCCUCGUCGGUCAAUGAAGUACCUUCCGCGCCGCGACCAGCGGCACUGCAACUCGACACGACAUCGGCUCCAUCAUCGCCGCGUGUCAAGCAGCCACUGGACAAUAGUCAGUCCUCUAGAUUCAAACUGAUGGAUAUGUCAUCUUUGUUGAAGCAGCAAUCGGCUGUCACAAAUACAGAUACGAAUACAAAUACGAAUGCGCAUCUCAGUGACGCAAUCAAGUCCAGUGCAUCGACUGUCAUCUGCAAGGAAACAUCCGAUAAGAUUUUACAGACGCCAAGAGAACACCAUCUGAUGUCGGAACCAGCGGAGGAGCCUGAUGUGGAAAAAGACACCGCACCGCUGAUACGUGCCUUCAACGACGUCAAAAUGGCUAGUCGUGAGCCGAUUAUAAACGAGGAUGAUAACCGAAAGGCUAGGUUAAACCAAAUCAAGGAACUGCUCAUAGCGAAGCCGGGUUUUGCGACUCGCGCUAGACCGUCAUUUCCGUUAGUCAGACGCGCCUCCACAGCGGCUUCAGGUCGUUUGGAGACCGUCACAAGAAUUUUACCGCGUUUACUAUCUCUGGAGUUGUUUAAUCCAGAGACAGAUGAUCUGGAUAGCGAUUCUAGCGGCGUUUCGUCACCGGAAUCGGUUGGCUCGGUGAUCAGCGUCACAUCAGAUGAAAGAUAUCUCGCGAGAAAGGAAGAAGAGAAGAAGAACAAUGCGCAGAUGAAUGAAGGAGUUUCCAAGUCAAACGAAGAUAAUGUAUCAAAGAAUACGAAAGAACCAGAAACUAUACAUGAAGACGAAUCAUUGAGUAUAGAAACCACAGCAUCAUUCGAGGAGUCUAAUACAUCUCUGGAUCCUCCGCACGACGAUACGCCUGCGGAUUUCAAUGAUGACAUGCUAUUUUCAGAAACCGACAGGAUGCAUGAUUCUAUCCAAGAUAAUUUACGAGCUGAUACAAUCCGCUCCGCGUCGCGCCUACUUUUGGAAAGCGGAAAAUCCAUCUCCUCGCAAUCUAUGAAGCUCCUCGAGGCCGCUGCUAACGUGGCGAGUUCGCUGGAGAAUGCUGUAGAGACGGCGAUUCAACGCAACACUCAAGUGGAACAAUUCUCACAAUUAUCGCAAGUUGCACAACAACGGAAUAACAAUGGCGUCUGGUCGCAAUCGAGCGUGCGAACGCGAGCAUACUUGAAGCAAGAUCGUAAAUCCGCUUCAGUGGAUUUAGAUAGCUAUGCCGACGAAUCGAGUAGCAAUCUCAUGCAAGACAUUAGUCGGUAUUGUCAGAACUCGUCAUUCGAUCUCUUGUGCCAGACGUCGAAAACUUCAUCAUCGUCAUUGGACAAUAAGUUGGACACGGAAUCGGAUGCCACGGCCUGGGAUGGAUGCAAUCAAGUGCCCAAGGAGACCUCAUGGAUCGUAAACAAAGCGUACGAUAGGAGUGGAUAUGAAAAGUUUACCAAGGUGAUCCAAUCCAAAUUGACACCAAAAUCCAAAUCCCUCUGUGAGGACCAUGCCGUCGUAUUUGAAUCCGAAUUCGACCAUAAAUUUAAAUGCGAUUCCAAAUAUAAACUUAAAUUGGAAGCCAAGUCCGAACCUAGAGUUAUGUCUAAAUAUGACGAACCGUUCAAAUUCGACCUCGCAUCCGAAGAGAAUUCAAAAAUUAAAUUCGACCUCGUAUCAACAGUUAAUCCUGUAUCCAAUAGUAAUUUCACAGGCGAUAACAAAAAAACAUUUAUAAAUCCUAAAGAUUUAGAGCUUAAUUCUGAAAGCACGUUUAACUUUCAAUCUGGAGCGGAUCCUAAACGGUCCAAUGUCAACCAGGAGCGAUAUGGCUCUCCUAACACUUCGCCGCUGUUGCGCAGCAGUUCGGACGAUAUGUUGGAUUUUGUGAUGGUGUCGAAGACAGGCGAGUUCGAGUGCGAGGACGCAACAGAGGAUUCGAGGACGGCUGAGAAGUGGCGUUCUUCCCAGGACGGACUAUCGAUAGACUCGAGCUAUGUGGGUGAUUCUAUAAUGGAGAACACUACAAGCCCGAGCGACGGUAGCCAAGAGGAGUCAACGGCGAGGCUAUUCACCGGCAGUACAGUAUCGUUAGCAUCGAAUCCGAACAACGUGGAGAAUAACCGUCGAUGCUCGGUGGAACGACGAAGAUUGCAAGAACGCGGUCGAUCGUUGGACGAGAUGUCAAGCCAGACGAAGAGACGAGACGCCGCGGAUUGUCUGGUCAGCACAAACAGGACCACCGACUCCAUUAGCAAUGCCUCGUCUCAGGAGUCAUUAUCUUCGGACCGCGGUGGCGGCUCGAUCACUUAUCAUCAGUACUACCACGUCUUUCGUGAGGGCGAGCUAGAUCAGCUGAUCAACAAAUAUGUCGAAAAUCUGCAUAUCAUCUCGUCGUAUUACGAUCAUGCCAGUUGGUGCGUUGUCGCGGAGAAAGUGCAGGUUUGGACUAUAUGACUUCGGAUACGGAUCAUCAAAUGAAGGACCAGCGGCUGCCGCGACGCGCAAAGUUGUACCGGGUGUCUCGAUAGGAGAUGUCAACCAGAAGGGAUCAACUAGGUUCAAUCUUAUGAAAAUUUACACUCGCUUAGUUUCACCUUCUUCUGUUGUAAAAAUAAUUUCUGAUCUCUAAAACAAAAAGAAAAAACAAAAAAAAAAAAACAAAAAAACGGAGCUUGCAGGGACUUAGGAAACUGGAUAUAUAAUUCUUGAAUUAUUUAUUUUCAUGAUUCACAUCUUUUAGCCUUUAUAUUACAGAGACGGAUUGGGGAGAACUCUUACUUUUGAGACAAAAGUACUAAUCCCUCUUUUUGGGACACACAGUACACUCCAAUGGAUAGCCGAAUUAUUACGGUUAAUUGUUAAAAAUUGCGCUUCGAGUACCAGAUGAAUGACUAAAUCCGCGGAUCUAAGUGUCCAAGAAUCCAAUCUCAAAAACUUAGGGGUCCAAGAAUCCAAGGAUUUGAAGGCUCAAGGAUUUCAUAAUAAUAUCAAUAUCCAAGAUAUAAAAUAAUUCACGAGUUGACUUUCUAACGAUCUGUUCUGGAAAACUGCAAUGAUCUAUAUCGCUAUUGAAAUAUCACUUUACGCUCGUUAAACAUUCCUUGUCUCAUAAACAUGUUUGUCUCAUCGUGAAGAGAUUUCUCUGUCCGUGACGUCGCUGAAGUAAUGCGCGACGCAAUAAUAUAGUUAUUUGAACUAUCGAAAACGAUGAUAUAAGUAACGAACCAGCAAUUAAAAAAUAUCAUGAAAUAUCCAAAGAUAAGGGAACAUUUUGAUAAUAUAAAUGGCCGUAAUAUCUUUUUUAAUUCUUGUUAUUAAUUAUUGCAAUAAUCCUUCAUUUUUCAUGUUUGAUUUGUUUAACUUUAUUUUUGCUUCAGUGACGUUUAGGACUGUUUAUCUCAUUUUGGAUUUGCACAUUUCGGAACAACGAUUGCAGAAAGCACAACCCUUCGAGAAGAAAAAGAUAAGGGAUGGUAAAUAAUAAAAAGAGAAAAAAGAACAGGGCGGGAAAGAGAAAAAGUACUAUAUAUGCUCAAGAUAUUUGUAUUCUCGAAGGGUGGUGCGAUCUGAAUAUACAUGCGUUUAGUAAAGCGUAAAAUUCAGAAACGACAACUGGCUCCCGGCUAUGGAGCGUAUUUUCUAUAGCUUCUUGAGGAACGGACAAUAUUCGAACGCUUGAACGUAGAUAUACCUCAAUAAUGCGCGAACAUUCCACUUCCAAAAAUAUAUAUAUAUAUAUUUACAUAUACACAUAAACACACAGGUAUUAGGGUGUCCCUUAAUUGUGCUUUGUUCACUGAUUCGUGUUUAAGAUUAACAUUAAACUCAACAUAUAUAAAUAACUAAGAAAAUACAGAAUAAUGUUUCAAAUUUAUAUCACAUAACAGAAAGGAAAAGCUAAAAAAGAAUACAUAUACAUAUUUGUUACAUGAUUGAUAGGCAAGUAAAAGACAUCCUAAUACAUAUAUAAACACACGACAUACGUACAUACAUAUAAUACA